GUUUCCCCCUGAUCAUCUUUGCUCAUCACGAAGGAAGAAACAAACCACAUCAACAAGAUGAAGGUCACUUUCGUUGCCACUGUCUUUGUUAGCAUUUCCAUGGCACUGUAUUCAUCAGCCAACCCCAUCGAUUUGGGAUGCGGCACCGCAAGAAACGUCAUCGACUGCUACCUGUCACAGCUCUGUCCUCACUUCAAGCCCGAGGACGUCCUCACCUGCGACAAGGAGUUGAUGAUGAGCACGUCGUUGAUGUCGAUGACGAGUGACGUCAUGGUGUCGCAUUAUCUAAGAGAAGCACACAAGGAUAAAUUCUGUGACGCGGAUGGGCAGCGAUUCGGCUCAGCUUGCAAUGUGCUCGAUCACGUAUGCUUUGGUACAGAUACAUUUGACAUCACCUACUGCGAUGAAACUAAUCUACGAUUCCGUCGCAGUGGCUCCUUCUCUGGUAGCGAUUCUGGAUCUAAUUCUGGAUCUAAUUCUGGUCAUGUACACAUAGUCCCACAACCACCUGCAACCAAGCCACCUACAACCAAGGCAGCAAUAACAGAAAAAGCAACAACAGCAAUUGAUUGUGACACAUCCGACGAAGACGCCACCACCACGGCCGCCACAUCUGAGGAUGACACUACCACUCCCACAACACCUACAACACAAACGACUCCAACCACACCAACAACACCAACGACUCCAACCACACCAACAACGCCAACCACUCCUACAACACCAACCACUCCUACAACACCAACCACUCCUACAACACCAACCACUCCUACAACGCCAACAACUCCGACAACACCAACUACCCCCACUACACCUACAACACCAACCACACCUACUACUCCUACCACACCUACAACACCCACUACACCUACGACUCCUGCAACUGAACCAACUGAACCAACAACAUAG